UCGUUUUGUUUGUGGCGGCUGAAUUGGUACGCCAACGGUUUAUCGUUGUAGCUUUACUUUCAAACUAGUCUUCGAACAGUCUCGCACAGCAAGAUGUUUAGCACGGAAACACUACCCUGAAUGACGCACAAUCAGCCACUCUGCGUCAUAAGUCACCUAAAGUUUUCUUUCAAGCCGAGAAACAAAAAAAGCGAUGGAGUCCGCCCCCUUAAAAGACGCCGAAAACGCAGCCGCUCCAAAGACGACGCAAUGGAUGAAGCCUAACGAUAUCCUCAAGCUAAGCAGGGCUGCUAAGCGUCGUCUCCAACCCAGAGCUCUACAACCGGUCAGCCUGAACGCCAUCAACGGUGCUACAACUGUCCCCGUCAAGCGUGAACGCAGUACCAACCCUUUCCGGUGUCCAGUGCAGAAAAAGCCUCGGUUGGAAGAAGUUUAUGCACUACUUCACCGGACAACAGCAUCUCCACCAACUUUGUCGCCACAGAGACUCGUGGUUUCAAAGGUUGCCGUCGACUCCUAUGAUGAUGAAACAAGGCACUCUCUAGCGGAUGGCGCAAAGCCUGAACAGGCAAAAAAGCCACCAAGACUGCCAGGUCUUCCCCUGGACUGGAGCCUGAAGACGCGCAUUCGCUUCUGCUCGACAAGCCACUUCCCCUGGAGCGGGAGCCUCAAGACGUGUGAAGAGGCCAGUGGAACCACAGGUUUUGUGCGGGCCGUUCACUCGACAGGCUGCGAGGAGUCUGCGGCGGAGCGAGGGAGCCUAGACAGCAGUCCACAGGCACGCUUCCACCAGAACUGCCUUGUGUGGAUGCACCCGCACCUGCCCUGGAUGCGGCUGUUUCCCCGACACGGGGUGAUGGCUAACGUGUCGAAGUCCAAGGAGGCGACCUCCCUGUUUGCUGACCCCGCCAGCCCUGCGCGGACCGCCUUGCAAGGGGACUGGGCACAGGGAUUCCGCUCCCUGUACCAGCUGCUUCGCGCCCGCCAGUGCCCCUACUUCUACGUCUGCGCGCCCACGUUCACAGUGUUGUUUCGGGCUGCGGGUGUGGCCGGCCUGGCCGACUUGCAUGCCUUGAUGACGCCUACAACACGGGGCCUCAGGCAGGCACUCCGGGACGAAGGGAUUACGUUCAGCAUGCCUCUGUGCACCAGCCAAGAACAGAUGGACGAGACAGACGGUGCAUCACAGUCUCCGCCUUCAGAAGCUAAGAGUGACGGCCAAGAGGAGAAUGCACCAGAAGAGGAAACGGUGACCUGGUUGGAAAGCUUGGGCCUCAGUCAGGCGGACUUUCCUUCUCUCAACACAUCGCGGAGCAAAAUGCUGGACGAGACCAGGGAUGAUCGUCGCCCUAGGUCACUGGUGUUUGUCGAGCGAGGCGAGACGCUGGCGCUCUUCAACUUCCUUCUCAACAGCCGCACCUGUGUCUGUCCCACGGGACCCCUGGCCGGUGUACCCCCAACGCUCAUCUCUCCUGUGGCCUUUCACGGAGCCAGUUUGCGAUCGCUAAAGGUGCGGCAAGGCUGGGUCAAGCAAAACAACACGGACAUGCACAUGGUGGAGAUGAGCGGACCCAUCCUUCCGAGCGCACUGCAUGGCCUGUGUACCCUGUUUGGAAGCAGCCAGGAUAAGGGCGCCUUCUCAUUCGUGGCAUCGGCCGACACUCCCACGGCGGCCUUCAAUGCCUUCCAGCCUCAGCCGCAGGCUGCACCUGCCGCCUUUGCGACUGAGGCACUCAAGGACUGCGGCCUGUCGCAGCCCUUCGUGCAGCAGAUUUGUGGGAAGCCCAAUGGACCUUUGCCCGUGCUCACCCAUGUUCAUGUUGAAGACGGCAGCUAUGACAUCUCUGGUUGCCGCUAGGAGGGCUUGCUCGCUUGCUCAGAGACGGCUACGAAACUCUGCGUUUUCUAUUGCUUGUGUCAUCACGAUGGGACUGUCAAGGCAGCAAUGAUGCACAGAGUAUAGACUGCGAGUGUUUAAGUGUUUGCAAACUUUCCUUGCUGCCUUUGCAGCUUCGGGAGAACCAUGCUCAUGCCUAGCACGAAAGGACAUAGCACAUUGGCUCAAUGCAUUUCCAAUUUUAGGCUUGGGCAGGCAUUGAGAUCAUGGGACUAACGAACGGAACGUUACUGGUGUUUUCAUCAGUGCUCUUGUCUUUGUGCUCAAGUUUUUUUUUAAGGCAUAGUGAGGGGUCUGUGAAAGGAUUUUUGCCGCUUUAACGUCUCUGGAACAUGUCACGAGUUAUGACAUGGGUCUUGUUUGUCUAGUGCUUCGAUACAGUUCCUGCAGCAGUGUCAAUGCAGUGAGAUACUCUGAGACUGUGGUUAUGUGGUGCAUGGUGUGCUUGCAACUAAACACCGUUUGCUCAUAUAUACAGCCACGAUACACACAUUGACUUGCAUAGGAAUGUUGAGGUAACAUUCUAACGACUCUUGUGUAUAUACAGAGGUGCAAAGACACAGUGAAAGUAGUUUUAUAUGUUCUUGUUAACAAACUAGACAUCGCUUAUUUUUAUUCAGGAUGUAAGAAGCUGUACAACUCGAGAAGAAAAAUACAACUCUCGAAUGGGACAGCAAUGUCAUUUUUUCGGUUAAGAACAGUUCGUUUUACAGUGGGUCUUAGGAAUAGGGGUGCGCUAUCACUGUGGCAUUGCUCAAAAGCAAGUCUUCUCAUCAGUGUAGUAAAUCUCUGUAAUGAAUGCGCAACUAAAGAGACUACAAGUUCCAUCAGCAAGAAGACUGCAACGCUUGGAAAUGUUAGCAUAUACUUGUUUGCCACUGUUUGGUCAAGUGACCUGACCAGACCAGAAACGUGCUGUCAUUCAGAGAGCUCUCUGGUGGUUCUAGAACCAAAAAGCGUAUUUAUGCGGUCACCUUCGGUACAGUGCGGCAUGUUUUAUGUGAAUUCCACUGAAGAAAAGAACUGCUAGCACUUGGCAGUAGGCAGAUAUCCAAGCAUGUGAUGAGUUGCAAAUGACCGCAUUCUCAAUGACAGUUGCCUUUACUGUUGGUGGACAACAUCUAUGGCCUUCCCUGUGCUUCAAGAAACGUCGAACCGCAGUAUAUGCUGAUAUAGUGAAGCACAAAAACUGUAAAUAUUUCUCGGUGAUAUCAGCACGUUGACAAUGUAUGCUUAUGACGAAUAUAGUACUAGUAUAUGUGGACUGUAUUUUAGUGUCUGACACAACUUCGUUUAUCAAGGUUUUGCUGAACGGAAAGCAGUGCAAAAUACCUGCCCCUCAUUUUUUCAUCAUAGUUUUAGUUUUAUUGUGUGAGCCGGUUUAGUAAAAAAGUUCGUCGACAGCUUUAAUGUGUGUGACAUGCUGCUAUAAUGCAGUGUGGUUAUUGCAGUGCUGAGGUGCGAUGAUACGCUGUAGUAUAUUGCGUGACACUUGUUAACUUGCCUGCAGUGUUGUGUAGACUGUCGCUUGCCAACGAGACCUUACAAUGUCUGAUGACCGUUGUGGGCAGUUUGUGCUUUCUGCUUGUCUGUGAAAAUUUGUACAGGGCUGGUUUUAAGACACCUGUCUAAGGUCUGUUAUAUUGGGGGUGUAGGUAGCAGCUUUUCUUUGCAUCUGUUUGUAUUUUGAGAGACUGUAAGGUAGGUUUACUGCACUUCAUUUAUUUUGCAUUGUAAAUAGUAAUUUUAUACGAGUCUUGCGCAGUUCUUUUGUUGUGAGUAAACAUCAUCACUGGACGAGCGAAGCAACGAAAUUGAAAUUGUUACUUGUUCAAAAAAGCUGUCGCAUUCACCACCUUCAUAUUGACUGUACAAAUUUAUGUGUACCCAAUGUUAUAGAGGAAUUUUUAUGGGCACUCGGUGAAAUUGUUUUAUCUGUUUUUAAAAGUAAAGUGAAUGGCUGUUGUUUUGUGCUUCAAUGGUUGCCUUCUGCAUGUGUGCCAUGGUAGCGUCUGUGUAGCGCCAAAGAUAAAAUUUUGGAGAAAAUGCAAAACUGGCAGAUCUGUGAAAGCUAUGGCAGCUAUGCUUCACAAAAUAAAACUGCCGGUAUUUGAUUGGUUUAAAACUGCAUUGCACUUACUUCUUUCAGUCUCUGCACAGGAGGUAUUGACGUGCAGUUCAUGGAACACUGGCUCUUUAUAGCGUCUUGAAGGGGUCAUGAAACACUUUUCGAAAUAAUCGUCGAGUGACCUCAGCAUCACUGUUCCGUAAACAAAUCGGUUGCUGCAAAAUUUAAGUGUGCGUAAUGAAACGCAAUCUUUCUCUCCCAUUGAGAUCCCUCUGUGCGAGUGUGGCUCACUUUGUAAUGUUGGCAGACUACAGAGCGCCACGCCGGCAUCCUAGCAUGUUGCAAGAAGUUCAUCUGGCCAAACAAUGUCAACCAUUCACCAAUAGCAUGCUGCUUGCUAAUAGCAUGCCUAACAGCAAGUGCGUGCUCCCGUUACACCAAGAGUGUGCAUCUGUUGUUUGGCUCGGCGUGCUUGCGCGGCAUAGGGAGCUUCAAAGGCGACGGUCAGGUGCAGCCCUAAGGAGCGUUGCACCUAAAAAAAAUCCACGCAUCUUCACACAGCGAAUGAUGACGAGUGGGCAAAGAGUGGUCGUAAGGUUCGUAAUGUCUACAUUGAAGUUGCCAUGUAGUAUGAAAGACCUAUGCACGGACAGACUGUGUGUAACAAGGCAUGGAUUGCCCCGAGAAGAACACAGUGAAGUGUCAAUGUGCUUCGCCCCUAAAAAGCCCUGAAUGUCGAAAUUAAAAGAGACCUGCCUCUGCUUGAGGUGUGUUUACAGACUGCAUAUCUUCAUUUUGAGAAAGCUUCUGGAUAAGGAACUUGUGUUGUGUAGCUGCUACACUAGGAAGUUGCAAGGCCUUAAGAAUUUUGAAAUUCGCUGAACGGGCUAGAUUUACAAAGUGUGUGACGAAAGUCUUGUUUGGUGUAAAUAAAAACGUGCAGGCGUGUAUAGUUGCAUGUAAAUGGCAUCUUGGAAAGGAUUCGCGAAGUGCAUACACGUGAUCCCUUGUAAAUAUAAGCAAGGCCUGAUGGUUGCCGUGCCAACAUAGGAGGCAAACUGCGAUGGACGCUGUAACGCUUCAUUCACUGUAGGCAUUCACUGAAGGUAAAAGACCAGCACUAAGCACAUGACAUGUCCUCUCUUUAAUGGAACUGGUGCUAUAGCAGUUCCAUUUGUGUAGGGAAGGGGCGGUGAGAAACUUAACGUGCAUAUAAACGGCACUAAGCAAGUUGAAAUAGGCCCUAAGCCCCGCCGUGGUGGUCUAGUGGCUAAGGUACUCUGCUGCUGACCCGCAGGGUGCGGGAUCGAAUCCUGGCUGUGGCGACUGCAUUUUCUAUGGAGGCCAAAAUGCUUUAGGCCAGUGUGCUAGAAUUUGAUUGCACGUUAAAGAAACCCAGGUGGUCAAAAUUUCAGGAGCCCUCAGUUACAAUGUCUCUCAUAAUCUAAUGGUGGUUUUGGGACGUUAAACCCCACAUAUGAAUUAAUAAAGUGGUCUCUAAGCACGAGCAUGUCCGCCUUGGUGGAUCAGUGGCCAGGGGGCUUGGCUACUGACUCGAAGGUCGUGUGUUUGAUAUGUGUUUGAUGGAGGUGAAAUUGUAGAGGCCAAUGUACUGUGCAAUGUUAGUGCACGUUACAGAACACCAGAUGGUCAAAAUUUCUAGAGCCCACAGUGUCUACAGUGUCUCUUAAUCUUGUCGCUGUUUUGGGACAUGAAACCCCAUACGUUAUUAAACUUGAGCUCAUGAUGUGUAGGUUCAUGGACGAUAGCAAGAAAGAAACCUUAAUAGGCUUAUGCUAAGCAGGGCCUGGAAGUAAAACCAUGAAGGGGCCCUAAGCACCCAGAUGUUGGAAUAUAGUUGUCUAGUUUCAAUAGUGCACAUGGCUACGAAGAACAUGUUGCGAGCAUUUUUUUUUUUUUUUGCAAAGGAACUGCAGUAGGGGAAUUCCAUGUGUAACAGGUUCGUCACCCAAUUAACAGUGUCCUCCCCAAGAGAUGUCACAUUAUAACGACCAGGUGGUGACACGGCCAGCGUUAGGCGCGCCGUAAAGGCUGCAAGAGAAGCACGAGAUUCCUUUUUUAUCGUGGUACCCUUUCGAUGUGUGGUGUCGCCACUUUGCUAAUUGUUGAUUGUUACUGCAGUUUGAACUUAAUGUGCCAAAAUAUAUAGGAGGUGAUUUAGAGGCCCUUUAAUAGAAGGACCAAAUUGCUAACUGCCUGUUUAUGUGGUAGAAGAUCUUGUAGCUGUGACUGAACCAUUUUAAUUUUUUUAAAGGUGUGUGCAUGCUUGUGUUAAAAAAUAACAAUAGAAUGUAUGCAUGUGUUUUGUCAAGCUUUGAACUCUGACGUGGAUACUGUAUUAUGUAACUGUUUCUUGACAUGCAUGAAGUGCACUUUUUUCUUCUAUGUUAUUCAUUCUGUCGAACCCUGCGUGUUUCAAACGAAGUGCACGUUUUAUCUUAAUUGUUGUUAUGUGUUGAGAGAUGCCAAAGAGUACGGCGACUUGUAGAUUUUUUUUUUUCGUUGGCUCUCAAUUAGGUUUUCUUUUUUUCAAGGCCUGAUUUGAAUAAGGAUUGCAUUUAAUUCGUUUAAGCAGUGCAAUCGGUGGGUGUAUAUUGAGGUGAAAUCGUAACCAUAUGGUUUCAUUUGCAUUGAGUUUAGUUUUAUAAAUUGUCUCCUAAACCUUUUUGUGCAACUUUCACAAGUGUGCAUGAGAUAUAGGUUAUCUUCUGUAGUCUAUAUAUAAAAAGUCAGUUUUGGCAGAAGGGCAAAGCAAUGAAUGAGAUAGCAACAUAUUCGAAUUUUUUACGAAGCAAGGCUAGCAUUUUUAGGAGCAGUAAUAAUUGUAGUAACAUGCGUUUGCUAAGUAACCAAGUGCCCAGUGGCGUGGCCACAGUAAAUGAUUACAGCAAGGCUCGUGCGUAGUGACGGCGUUGAUACACGAAGUGAGGCUGGCAGUACACUCGUUUAUAUCCGAUCUCGUGUAACUCUACAACACGCUUGUGUAAGAGAACACGGUUGCUUCAGGUACACUUUUAAUACUGUUUGUUUUGUGUUCAGAGCGCAGCCCAUAGAAGCUCCCACCUGCUGUAAUAAAAUAAAAUUCUUAUUCAUUAUACAUACACACACCCACGUUACGUCUGUGUAGACUUGCAUGCAUCUGUUUGUAUUGUCAAGACAUUGUUGCUGGUGUGUGCUAUGGUCUCAUUUUUAACAAUGGUGUGGUUGUGAAACGUGUGGCAGGGUUAAAAUUUCACACUGGUUUUAACUGUACGGUCGGCCAGCCAAAGGGGAGAGCUGCGAACCUGUAUUGCGUCGUUCUUUCAGAGCGCCAUGCUUGCUUCUCAUAUGCCCAAAGAUGGUUUUUUUUUUUUCCCUUAAACCCGAAAGUGCACUCGAGGAGGGCUUGAGUUCAGGUCAUGUGGCUGCUUUGACACUGUUCAUGGACAACCUUUCUCAUACUCUAAUCUGAAGUUUCGGCCGUGUCGUAUCAAAGAGUGCGAGUGUGCUAGGAACCAACCGAAUGUGCCUCAAGGUGGUUUAGUCGAGUGUGGUUGCAGUUUCAGUUAUUUCUGUUGGUAUCCAGUGCAUGUGUUUAUCGUACACAAUUUCAUCUUUCUUUUUACUUUGGUACAGUUUCAUGGUUAAUUUCAUGGCUGUCUUGUGAAGCGGCCGUUCAGUAAGCUGAAACGGUCUCCUGGCCACACUUCAGGGUUUGGAAUCACUGCCUCAAGGGACAUUGUAUAAAGAUCAUUAGUACAUAUCAGCAUUGUGUUUUCUCAGCAUCUCUAUUUUGCCCAUCAACACUCAAAAAGACUCACUUAGUGAGCAUAGAUCGUGUAGCCAUUAUCACAUGGCACAGAUCAACUUCAUGAUUAAUCACAGGUGGCAUUGGUUUCGGUCAUAGACCAUUCAUGUAUGCAAUGUUCCGAGCAACAAAUAGGAGACCUUACAGUUAGGUCACUUAUAUUUGACUGACGUGUGUGUGUUGACUUAUGUGCCGUGAAAUACCGAUUUUCAUGUCAUAUUUGUCGCACAAGAAAUCUAGUUAUAGCCGUUUUGUCUUGCAUUCACUUUGUCUUUGUGUGUUGCACUUUCACCUUCUCAGCACUUUAUGGUAUGUUUAGGUGGGAGUUUUGUAUCAUGGCUUUGUUUACAUCAUUCACGGACUGAAAUAAACUAUUUAUUGUACUA